AUGACUACCACCGAACUAGUCAUGAAACUCGUCUACAUCCUCCUCAUCCUAUUCACAUUCACCGUAUCUCCGGCCAUCUCAUCGGCCCCGGAAGGUUGUGACAACGGAUCGGAUAAUCCAUGCAUCAACAAAGCUAAGGCUUUACCACUCAAAAUCGUAGCCAUUGUAGCCAUCUUUACAACAAGCAUGAUAGGCGUAAUGGCUCCUCUUUUCAGCCGUUACAUUCCCUUUCUCCGUCCUGACGGCAACGGUUUCAUGAUCGUGAAAUGUUUUUCUUCCGGAAUUAUACUUGGAACCGGCUUCAUGCAUGUCUUGCCCGACUCUUUCGAGAUGUUGUCAUCGGAUUGUCUUAGUGACGAUCCGUGGCAUAAGUUUCCUUUCGCAGGAUUUGUCGCUAUGUUGUCCGGUCUAGUCACUCUAGCCAUUGACUCCAUUACCACCAGCCUUUAUACCGGUAAAACCGCGGUCCGACCAGUGCUAGAAGAAUAUGGCAAUGAUCAAGAGAAGGCUAUUCACAUUGUUGGCCACAACAAUCACAGUCACGGUCAUGGUGUUGUGCUAGGAGCUAAAGAUAAUGGAUCUUCUGAUCCACAGCUUUUGCGUUACCGUGUCAUUGCCAUGGUAUUGGAGCUUGGGAUUUUAUUCCAUUCCGUGGUCAUUGGACUAUCUCUAGGAGCAACUAAUGAUUAUUGUACCAUUAAAGGACUCAUCAUAGCUCUUUGCUUCCAUCACUUGUUCGAAGGCAUGGGUCUCGGUGGCUGCAUCCUCCAGGCAGAUUUUACAAAUGUGAAGAAGUUCUUGAUGGCAUUCUUUUUCGCUGGAACAACACCUUUAGGAAUUUUUCUAGGAAUCGUGUUGUCGAGUAUAUAUAGAGAUAACAGUCCAACGGCCCUGAUUACGAUUGGGCUGUUAAAUGCUUGCUCGGCCGGAAUGCUCAUCUACAUGGCACUAGUCGACCUUUUAGCUACUGAGUUCAUGGGAUCAAUGCUUCAAGGUAGCGUCAAACUUCAGAUCAAGUGCUUUGCGGCGGCUUUGCUUGGCUGCACCGUAAUGUCGGUCGUCGCCAAGUGGGCUUAA